CUGACGUAGGAAAACAACACUCAAGCUGUGACGCCUGCUACGGAAGAGAAGUGUUUGCUAGCAGUGAAAUUUAUCCUCUAAAUAUUCAGCGUGAUAUAUUUAGAAACGGGGCGUCCAAUAUGUUGUGUAAUCAAAACGAAUACUAGUAGUAGGAUUAGAAUCGUUUUCGGUAAAUGAAUGUAGAUCACUGUCUAAUCAAGAAAAUAAUUUUAACGUUAGUUGGCUAGGUAGCUAGCUAGAAGCUAGUUUUCAGUCUAAACAUCUGAAUAGGCAGGUCCUUUGUUUCGGAAUGAUCCAUAUUGAUAAUCCGAGACAGUAAACUUGAGUGACUAAUUUACCCAAAAUGAAUUAGCGAGUUCAAGAGUUAAACCAGUGAUUUGACUCUGUUUGUUUAAUUUGUCACGGAAAUAGUUGUAAUCAGACCGUGAUAGAGGAAUUUACGAUCGCUAAGAUUUGCUAGCUAGCUGGAAGAGGGAAAGGGCUUGGAGUGGUCAUGGGCAAUUGUCUGAAAUCCCCUACAUCAGACGAUAUUUCGUUGUUACAUGAAUCGCAGUCUGACAGAGCUAGUUAUGGUGAUGGCACAGACCCGGAUUUAGAGCCACCUCCACCUUAUGAGGAGCAGGCCCACAUGCCUGUUUACCACCCCACACCCAGUCAAACAUGCCUAGCCACUCAGCUCACUGAAGAGGAGCAGAUCCGAAUCGCUCAGCGCAUAGGCCUCAUCCAACAUCUGCCCCGGGGGGUCUAUGAUGGGGGUCAGGACGGCUCAGAGAAGAAAAUUAGAGAGUGUGUGAUCUGCAUGAUGGACUUUGUAUAUGGAGACCCAAUCCGAUUCUUGCCAUGCAUGCACAUUUAUCACAUGGACUGCAUAGAUGAUUGGCUGAUGCGCUCUUUCACCUGCCCUUCAUGCAUGGAGCCAGUGGACGCUGCUCUUCUCUCCACGUACGAGACCAACUGACCGUGGAGUGGACCACUCUCCCUACUUCUUCUUCUUGCUCUUACGCCCUCCUUCAAAGCUCUUAGUCUCAAUUUGACCCAGACUUCAAACCCUAUUGGCCAGUGUGUGGUGGGGACACAUCAAUGAAGAUAGGGUGUGUUGGGGGGUGGGGGGGGGGUAAAAAGACCCCAUUUCACGCAGCAGCCUGUGUUGCUGCAUUGGAAAUGGCUCGGUAUGCUUUGGGGCUGUAAACUGUGGUUAGGUUUUGGUCAAUGGUUUCCCUGCGUACAUGCUGUGUUGUGUGGCCAGCUGGCGUGCAGUCUUGUGGUUUGCAUAAACAUUGAGGAUCAUUUGUCUUUAGCUCUUAGCAUUAUAUAUAUUUUAUUUUGUUUUGUUUUACUAUCUUAAAAAAAAAGGAUUUGUCAAGUUAAAAUCAGUUUUCAAAGUGAAGGUCUAGAUCAACGACUUGCCGAAAUGUUUUUUUUUUGUUUUUUUUUCUGAGCCUAGGACCAAAAGGAAUUUUGAAUUCUUGGUUGAAAACCAAAUUUUAGUCCAAGAGCAGGUUUCAUGCCUAGAAAGACCAAUCCAUAUUUCUUUCUUCCAGAAAGAUGUUGACUGUCUUAUCUCCUCUGAGCUAGCAGUGCAGAGAAAGGCAGUCAAGUGAGUCGUGCCUGCCGUACUUUUCAAGCAAACAUGCAAUGUUCUAUUGAGACAAAAAGAAAACUUCAUUUCUAUUUGAGUUGCCCAGUUUUUCAGGCAUCAUUUCAUGUCUUAACUCUUCUAGUCUUCAGAACUGUGUAGUACUUUGUCCACAACUGGAGGAGUCGAGUCACUCUCAUUCAGCCAAUGUAAAGGGCUCAUUUGCGCAUGGGGAUCAGGAACAAGUAGCCACCGGUUUGCAAGUACAGUAGGAUUGCUUGCACAUACAAAACAUAAAUAUAUAUAUAUAUAUAUAUAUAUAUAUAUAUAUAUAUAUAUAUAUAGAACCUAGAAAAUUGCACUUUACAUAGGUUAGUAAUGGGAAUCAUAUAUUUAUGUACAGUAUAACCUUAACCUUGCACUAAUCUUAUUUUUGUCACAUAGGUCACUGUAAAUAAUUCUAUUAAUGCUAUUGUUGAUCAGUAUUUAUGUGACAUACUAUUGGUGUACAUUUCAGAUGCUGAAGUGUUACAGUAAACAAUCUAUUUGGGUCACAUCAUCAUACACUACACUACUGAAGGCCUUUUAUUGAAGUGUCAGUUUAUUUAAUGUCAGUUCCUAAAUGUUUUUUUUUUUUUUUUUUUGCAUUAUAUCCAAAUGUGUUGGUCACCCUAUAUAUCAUAGCAGUGUACAGUCCCAUUCUUUUGUGUACAGUAGCAGUACAUUUGAAAAAGUAAACCAAUGAGAUUCAUACACCCUUGCUGUCAGUUUAGAAUAUUAUCAUCAUGAUAUGAACAAUACCUUAGGUGAAAUAUACAGUGUAUGAAAACUUGUGAUUGACAGUGUGACAACAACAAAAACAAAAACUAGAUAUUUCUGCAUUCAGGAUGUUGAAAUUAACAUUUUGGAUUAUUGUAGAAUUGCUCGCAGGUCGAGCUGAAGAGGUGGUAUGGCUGUAAUGCUACAGUGUUGUUUAUUAUGUUUGGGUUAACUGACAACAUAGGCAGCCACAGAUGAAAAACAGAGAAGUUGAAGAUAAAAUAUUUUUUUUAUUAUUAUUAUUAUUAGUAGUAGUAGAUGUAAGAUCUCGCUCUCAAUCAGCUCUUCUAUGUCAAUUUUAAUAAUUUACUGACAAGUGAUUUUACACUUUCUCCUUGUCUACAUUAUUGUGGUUGACAGCUUGUGUUAGCCAGACUAACAUUUGUAGGGGCGUUUGUAGCUUUAUCGGUUGACCAAUUUAUUUUAUUUAUAUUUAAUGUCUCUUUAGUCAAUAUAUUUGUUUUCUUUUAUUUUCCAGAAGAGUAGUAUAGGAUUUCUUUUGUCUUUAUAGUUAGCCAAGCUUUGACCAUUGACACUUCAACUCUGCCCAUUCAGUAACCAUGUAAUAAAGAUCACAUUAAAGAUGAUAUGAACAUGC